AUGGCUUCUUCGGAAGCCGAUUCCCGUCUGAGUCAGCUCGUUGUUCCUGCACUCGACAAGAUCAUCAAGAACGCUUCGUGGCGUAAGCAUGCGAAGCUCGUUCACGAGUGCAAAUCUAUCAGCGAGAGGCUCAGUCUCAACAACCAGCAGUUAACGCCCGGUUCUCCCUCCGAUACCGAACCGGAAACGCCCGGUCCGCUUCACGACGGCGGUCCGGUUGAAUACUCGCUCGCCGAGUCGGAAUCGAUCCUCACUCCUCUCAUCAAUGCUGCUAGUUCCGGUGUCCUCAAGAUCGCCGAUCCUGCCGUCGACGCAAUCCAGAAACUCAUCGCAUACGGAUACCUCCGCGGCGAAGUAGAUCCUGGUGGUACCGCCGGAGAAGCUAAGCUUCUUUCGAACGUGAUCGAAUCUGUUUGCAAAUGCCACGAUUUCGGCGACGAGACGAUGGAAUUGAUGGUGCUGAAAACGCUCUUAUCCGCGGUAACUUCCAUUUCACUUCGAAUUCACGGAGAUUGUUUGCUUCUGAUAGUGAGAACGUGUUACGAUAUUUAUCUUGUUAGUAAGAAUAUGGUGAAUCAAACGACGGCGAAGGCUUCGCUGAUUCAAAUGUUGGUGAUUGUGUUUAGGAGAAUGGAAGCAGAUUCUUCCACUGUUCCAAUUCAGCCGAUUGUGGUGGCUGAAUUGAUGAAGCCUGUGGAAAAAUCUGACGUGGACAAUUCAAUGACACAGUUUGUUCAAGGUUUUAUUACAAAGAUAAUGCAGGACAUUGAUGGAGUUUUGAAUCCCGUUACACCUAGUGGUAAGGUUUCAUUAUUAGGUGGAUAUGAUGGUGCUUUUGAGACUGCCACUGUGGAGACCACAAACCCUACUGAUUUGUUGGAUUCUACUGAUAAGGACAUGUUGGAUGCAAAGUAUUGGGAGAUUAGUAUGUAUAAGACCGCAUUGGAGGGAAGGAAAGGGGAGUUGGUUGAUGGGGAGCUUGUGGAGAGGGAUGAUGAUUUGGAAGUUCAGAUUGGGAACAAGUUGAGGAGGGAUGCUUUUUUAGUGUUUAGGGCGCUUUGUAAAUUGUCCAUGAAGACACCUCCUAAGGAGGCAUCUGCGGAUCCGCAGCUGAUGAAGGGGAAGAUUGUCGCUUUAGAGUUGUUGAAAAUUUUGCUGGAGAAUGCUGGUGCUGUCUUCAGGACUAGUGAAAGGUUUUUAGGUGCCAUCAAGCAGUACUUGUGUUUAUCAUUAUUGAAGAACAGUGCUUCAACUCUUUUGAUUGUUUUUCAGCUGUCGUGCUCCAUUUUCAUCAGUCUGGUAUCAAGAUUUAGGGCUGGAUUGAAAGCAGAAAUUGGAGUUUUUUUCCCUAUGAUUGUUCUUAGGGUCCUAGAAAAUGUUUCUCAACCUAAUUUUCAGCAGAAGAUGAUAGUGCUUCGAUUUCUAGAGAGGCUUUGUGUUGAUUCACAGAUACUGGUUGACAUUUUCAUCAACUAUGACUGUGAUGUCAAUUCGUCGAACAUAUUUGAGAGGAUGGUUAAUGGACUUCUUAAAACUGCCCAAGGUGUCCCUCCUGGUGUUAUGACAACACUUUUGCCACCUCAAGAAGCGACACUAAAACUUGAAGCCAUGAAAAGCUUGGUUGCUGUUCUAAAAUCAAUGGGAGACUGGAUUAACAAACAAUUGCGGAUUUCAGAUCCUCAUUCAACCAAAAAAGUUGAAGCAGCUGAUAAUGGCCAUGACGCUGGAGGUUUCACGAUUGCAAAUGGAAAUGGAGAAGACCCAGUUGAAGGAUCUGAUUCUCGAACUGAUUCCCAUUCUGAAAUCUCAAAUGAUGCAUCUGAUGUUUCAACUAUUGAGCAACGCCGGGCUUAUAAACUGGAACUUCAGGAAGGUAUAUCACUUUUUAAUAGGAAGCCUAAGAAAGGAAUUGAGUUCCUCAUCAAUGCCAAUAAGGUGGGUGAUUCACCGGAACAGAUAGCUGCUUUUCUUAAAGAUGCAUCUGGGUUGGACAAAAUUUUGAUUGGUGAUUAUCUGGGUGAAAGGGAAGAAUUAUCCUUGAAGGUAAUGCAUGCCUAUGUGGAUUCCUUUAACUUUCAAGGAAUGGAGUUUGAUGAGGCAAUUAGGGUCUUUCUUCAAGGAUUUAGACUACCUGGUGAGGCACAAAAAAUUGAUCGGAUAAUGGAAAAGUUUGCUGAACGUUAUUGCAAAUGUAAUCCUAAGGCUUUUUCCAGUGCUGACACAGCAUAUGUCCUUGCUUAUUCUGUGAUAAUGCUCAAUACAGAUGCUCACAAUCCUAUGGUGAAGAACAAGAUGUCUGCUGAGGAUUUCAUCAGAAACAAUCGUGGCAUUGAUGAUGGAAAAGAUCUGCCUGAGGAAUACUUAAAGUCAUUGUUUGAUAGAAUAUCCAGAAAUGAGAUCAAAAUGAAAGAAAAUGAUAUGGCUUCCCAACAAAGGCAGGCUGUGAACCCAAAUAAACUUUUAGGCUUGGAUAGUAUAUUGAAUAUUGUGGUCAGUAAACGUGGGGAUGAGAGUCAUAUGGAAACCAGUGAUGAUCUUAUUCGUCAUAUGCAAGAACAAUUCAAAGAAAAAGCUCGCAAAACUGAGUCAGUCUAUUAUGCAGCAACAGAUGUUGUAAUCCUCAGAUUCAUGAUUGAGGUGUGUUGGGCACCAAUGUUAGCUGCUUUCAGUGUACCUCUUGAUCAAAGUGAUGACGAGGUUGUAAUAUGUCUUUGUCUUGAAGGUUACCGUUGUGCUAUUCAUGUUACUUCCAUAAUGUCUAUGAAGACUCACAGAGAUGCUUUUGUGACUUCAUUAGCAAAGUUCACCUCUCUACAUUCUCCAGCAGAUAUUAAGCAGAAGAAUGUGUAUGCAAUCAAGGAAAUAAUUACUAUCGCUGAUGAGGAUGGGAAUUACUUGCAAGAAGCUUGGGAGCAUAUCUUGACUUGUGUUUCCCGAUUUGAACAUCUACAUCUUCUUGGAGAAGGGGCUCCACCAGAUGCUACAUUUUUUGCCUUUCCUCAGAAUGACUCAGAAAAAACAAAGCAAGCCAAAUCAACCAUUCUUCCUGUUUUGAAGAAGAAGGGAGCUGGGAGGAUGCAGUAUGCAGCUGCCACAUUGAUGCGAGGUUCAUAUGAUAGUGCUGGAAUCGGCGGUAAUGCUUCUGGAGCUGUCACAUCAGAGCAGGUGAAUAACCUGGUUUCAAAUUUGAAUAUGUUGGAACAAGUUGGGAGCUCUGAAAUGAAUCGCAUAUUCACUAGGAGUCAGAAGUUGAACAGUGAGGCCAUAAUAGAUUUUGUUAAGGCUCUAUGCAAGGUCUCUAUGGAGGAACUAAGAUCUCCAUCUGAUCCACGGGUUUUCAGCCUUACAAAGAUGGUUGAGAUUGCGCACUAUAAUAUGAACCGCAUCCGGCUUGUGUGGUCAAGCAUCUGGCAUGUACUGUCUGAUUUUUUUGUGAACAUUGGCUGUUCUGCGAACCUUUCAAUUGCAAUUUUUGCAAUGGAUUCCUUGCGUCAGUUGUCAAUGAAAUUUCUGGAGCGGGAAGAGUUGGCUAAUUAUAAUUUUCAAAAUGAAUUCAUGAAGCCUUUUGUCAUUGUUAUGCGAAAGAGUAAUGCUGUUGAAAUUAGAGAACUAAUUAUCAGAUGUGUAUCUCAGAUGGUUCUAUCUCGUGUCAACAAUGUCAAAUCGGGGUGGAAGAGCAUGUUCAUGGUAUUCACUACAGCAGCUUAUGAUGACCACAAAAACAUUGUACUCUUGGCUUUUGAAAUUAUUGAGAAGAUUAUUCGAGAUUACUUUCCAUACAUCACUGAGACUGAAACCACCACCUUCACAGACUGUGUUAAUUGUCUAAUUGCAUUCACCAAUAGUAGAUUCAACAAAGAGAUUAGUCUAAAUGCCAUUGGUUUUCUUCGUUUCUGUGCAACAAAACUAGCCGAAGGAGAUCUUGGCUCAUCAUCCAGGAAUAAAGACAAGGAAGUUUCUGGAAGUGUUUCCUCACCUUCACUUCAAGCAGGAAAAGAUGAGAAUCAAGGUAAUGGAGAGGUGGCCGACAAGGAUGAUCAUCUCCAGUUCUGGUUUCCUUUAUUAGCAGGUCUAUCCGAGCUUAGCUUUGAACCAAGGCCUGAGGUUAGGAAGAGUGCGUUGGAUGUCCUGUUUGAGACCUUGCGCAACCAUGGCCAUCUCUUUUCUCUAUCUUUAUGGGAACAAAUAUUUGAGUCUGUCCUCUUUCCUAUAUUUGAUUAUGUUGGACAUGCUAUUGAUCCUUCAGGGAGUAGUCCACAGGACAAUGAAGUAGAGACUAAUGGUGAGCUUGAUCAAGAUGCUUGGUUUUAUGAGACAUGCACAUUAGCCCUCCAAUUGGUUGUAGAUAUUUUUGUCAACUUUUACACCACUGUCAAUCCUCUUUUAAGAAAUGUCCUGAUGCUCCUGGUAAGCUUCAUUAAGCGCCCUCAUCAAAGCCUUGCUGGAAUAGGUAUUGCAGCAUUUGUUCGAUUGAUGAGUAAUGCUGGAGAGCUAUUUUCUGACGAAAAGUGGUUAGAAGUGGUUUUGUCGAUAAAGGAAGCUGCAAAUGCCACCCUCCCUAAUUUUUCAUUCCUCGAAAGUGAAGACUUUGUGGCUAGAAAUGAAGAAUAUGCCUCAACAGCUGAUGAUGAUAGAGAUCAUGUCGAGUCUGGGUCACCUGAUGAUUUAGAAAGCCAAAGAGUUCAUCGUCUCUAUGCUUAUUUUACUGAUGCAAAAUGCCGAGCAGCUGUUCAGCUUUUAUUGAUUCAGGCUGUGAUGGAAGUCUACAACAUGUUUCGGUCUCACCUUUCAGCGAAAACCAUGCUAGUUCUAUUUGACGCUUUGCACGGUGUAGCAGUACAUGCCCACAAGAUAAACAACAACACUAUAUUGCGCUCUAAGCUUCAAGAGUUUGGUUCUAUGACCCAAAUGCAAGACCCACCACUGUUACGUCUUGAAAAUGAGUCUUACCAAAUCUGCCUUACAUUUUUACAGAACCUUGUUGUUGACAAGCCUCCUAGUUAUGAGGAAGCGGAGGCGGAAUCUCAUCUUGUUCGGCUUUGUCAGGAGGUUUUGGAGUUUUAUAUUGAAGUUGCAGGUUGUGGAGAAAAAUCGGAAUCUUCUCACAGAAGAAAGCCACAUUGGUCAAUUCCUUUAGGCUCUGGAAAGCGGAGAGAAUUAGCUGCACGUUCGCCUCUUGUUGUGGCUACUCUGCAAGCUAUUUGUAGCUUGGGUGAUAUUUCUUUUGAGAAGAACCUGUCUCAUUUUUUCCCUCUUCUAUCUAGCUUGGUAAGUUGUGAACAUGGGUCAAAUGAGGUCCAAGUUGCCCUUUGUGAUAUGCUUAGUUUAUCAGUUGGUCCUGUUUUGCUAAAAUCAUGUUGAUCAUUUGGGUGGAAACUAACCCUGCAUUUUGAGAUAUAGGAUAUUUUUGUUUUAAUCUCUUUUGUUCAUAAUUUUCCCCACUCUCCUUUGUUUUCCAUUACAUGUCUAUAAUAUACUUUAUAGUGUGUGGAAAGUUGUUAAUGAUUUUGUGCUAACUCACCUUCUUAAGUUUUGUAUUUUAGAAGCCUAAUUUUUUCCAGUUAAAGUCCAUAUUUAUUACCAAGAGGAUUAAGUGACACCAUGUUAGCUGGCAAUUUAUGAAGAAAAUUGUGAUUUUACUUACGAUGAUUAAGAAUAUGACGCUUCAAGUGUGGAAAAUAGAUAUUGUUUUUGUAAGACACAAUUCAUUGAUUCGUGCAAUUAUAUGGCUUAUUUUGUUGUC